UCCAAGCCAGAAGCAAUAUGGUAUGAUGUCAACUUGUCACCCUUGGUUUGUUCUCCCAUCGCUCCUCGCCAUGGGAAUCAGAGCCUAGAGCAGGAAGUGGCUCAAGAAGAAGGAACAAGCCAGGCCUUGAAAGAGGAGGCCCAACGGAGGGAGACAGCACUGCAGCAGCUGCGCACAGCUGUGAAAGAGCUUUCAGUGCAGAACCAGGACCUUAUUGAGAAGAAUUUGACGCUCCAGGAACACCUGCGCCAGACCCAGCCAGGGUCUCCAUCUUCACCAGAUACAGCCCAGCUAGCAUUUGAGCUGCACCAGGAAUUGGCCAGUUGCCUUCAAGAUCUGCAAGCUGUCUGCAGCAUCGUGACUCAGAGGGCCCAGGGCCAUGACCCCAAUCUCUCUCUGCUCCUCGGCAUCCACUCCGCACAGCAUCCCAGGACUCAGCUAGAUUUGCAGAAGCCGGAUGUGAUCAGGAGGAAACUAGAAGAGGUUCAACAACUACGCCGUGACAUCGAGGACUUACGGACCACCAUGUCAGACAGAUACGCCCAGGAUAUGGGAGAAAACUGUGUCACACAGUGAGGAAUGUUGGGGGUGGGGCAGGCUCUGUUCCUCCAGGGGGGAUUUGGUCUAUGAGCGCCCAGUCCAGUGGGUCCUGCCCUGAUAAUCUCUUGCCUCCUGUCUGCUGCUAUUCCCAAAGAGAAGAGGCAAAGGGGAGAUAAGAGCCUGCAUCUGGGGCCAACCACCAGUUAGAGAACUAUCUGCCCCUCCUCCACACUGGCUUUGCCUUGUUGGAUUGCAUCUGUGCUCUCAUCCUGAUUUACCCUUUGAGGGUGUGUUACUAAUUACCUUCUGUAGGUUGACUGAUAAGUCCUCUUGCAGACUGUCGCCAGUCCCAGGUUUGCAUCAGAGGCAAAUAGGAUGCUCAUCUACCUUCUCCGUCCUCUGGGAUGGAUCCGCAUUCAUUCCCGCUCUGUACCUUGAUCCUGCUAAAGCCCAGAGUUCAUUAGCGGGACCUGGGAAGACUGAGUACCGGUCACAGUGACCAUUUGAGAACGCUCAGGCGCCCUUGUGUCAGACUUCCUGAGAGUUAAGCUGGCUUUCUGGGUUUCCUCAGGCCCGGUCCUGUUGCUGCUUCCUUAGCACUCUUGUUCUCACAGAAGCCUCAGGGCAAUCUGUUGGCAAAGUACCCACUAAAACUGGGGCUUAGGGAUUAUAGUGAGGGCGCCUUCAUCUGUGCUACCAUGCCAUUUUAUAGGAGACCCCAUUCUCCAGCUGCCCUUUGUCUUUGGGGUCCUGGUCAUGUAGUUAACAUACCCCACCUACCCCCUUCUUUGUUCUCAGGCCUCCUAGGUAACCCCCUUCUUGGGCUUUGACAAAGUAUAAACUCCUUUCUAUGGUUCUGGGUUUGGGCAGAAUUUUCCCCCAGAAUGCUAUAGGGCAACUGUUAAGCUGCUCACCCCAUCCCCCUGGGGCUAGGUCAGUGCUCUGCCCUCUCGUGCCUCUCAUUUAAGGGCUGGGGUCAUUUCCCUUUCCUGCUCUGGGUUGCGUGACAAUUCAGAGUACCUUGGAUAUAUUGACCUUAAGAUAGAACUUCCAGUGUUUUCUGGGGUUUUUUGUUUUUUUUUUCUGGGGCUUUUGGACCCUGUGUUUUCUGGUAUUUUCUUGCCUCCUUGUUUAGGGAGCAUCUCACACAUACUUGUUUGUGUCUGGUCAUUGGGCUGGCCCAGAGCUCCUCUAGAUCUUGUGCUGGGCCAAGCAGGGCCUACAAAUGUAGGUAUGGGAGCAGUUCAGGAGCCCAGAAUCACCCACUGAGAUUCUUGCAAAGCUUCAGCCUGUUAGGCAGCAUCCUGGACCUCAUUCCUAGACUUGAAUGAGACUCCUUAAGUGUUUUUACAAGUUUGUGUUUUAUUUAUGGAGUGACUUAUCCCUUCCAUUCAGAACAGCUCCACCCAGCUGUCCCCUCAGCCUCUGGGCUCCUGCCUCUUAAAAGCAGAGCCGCCUGGCUGGUCUCCACCCUGUGUUGGGAGCCCAGCCACCAUGCUCACGGGUAUUUUUCCUCAUAAAGUUUAUAAGCAGUUAUUUAUAUGAAUCCUUGUUAUGUCAACUGGUUUGUAUUGCCUAUUUUGAUUACAAAAUAAAAUAUUUAACAGA